UAUGUCAAAAUUUGAGUUGUGCUGAAGUACUUACAAGAGUUACAAGUAUUUAUUUUUUCAAUAAUAACGUUUACAUAAGAAAUUAGAGCACUAUGACCCAGCACUAAGUAGUAUGGUGUAAAGUUCGGAGCCGACCAGGAUAACAAUUAAUAAGUGUAUCAAUUCUUACUUUUGUAAGAUUAUAUAGUGCACAAGUUGAGAAUUUAAUUGCAUCAUCAGUUGUUGACUGUUGAUUACUUGGAAAAGAGAGAGGGUUUGGAUCAGAAAUGGUCCAUAAAAAUGAGUUCCAAGCAGUAGUGCUUGCUGGUGGUAAGGGCUCUCGGAUGACAGAAUUGACUGUGGGUACACCAAAAUGUUUACUUCCAAUAGCAAAUAUGCCAAUGGUCUGGUACCCAUUGAAACUUUUGGAGCAGUCUGGCUUCGCAGAAGCCAUCGUCGUUGUCUCGGAAGCAGUAAAGACAGAUGUCACAGCAGCCCUGGACAAGUGCAACCUGAAUAUCAAGCCAGAAGUAGUUGGGGUCCUGGACGCAGAAGACAUCGGCACAGCUGACUCCCUUAGAGUCAUCCAUGACAGGAUCAAAUCGGACCUUGUGGUUGUGUCGACAGACUUUAUUGCCAACAUUGAUAUUUCGGAAACCCUGAAUCUUUAUCGCAAGCACAACGCUAGUAUUACCGCGCUGAUAGUACAGACUCCAAAAGCACCGGAGGACUUUGUGCAGCCGGGACCUAAAAAUAAACAGAAGCCAGAAAGAGAUCUGAUUGGCAUUGACAAUGAAACGGGUCGUAUUGUUUUUCUGGCUUCUGCUUCCGACUUUGAGGAUAACGUGACGAUGCCUGCUAGGCUGUUGAAAAAACAUUCCAACUUUACCGUGUUUUCAAAAUUGCUGGAUGCACACUUGUAUGUAAUCAACAAGUGGGUGCUUGACUUUUUGGUGCAUAACAAAAACUUUAGUACUCUAAAGGGUGAGUUGCUUCCUUACAUUGUGAAAAAACAAUUGGAGAAGCCAAAAAUUGUAAAAGAUGACAAAAACGCAUCUGUUGUGAAAUUGGACACGAGAAAAGACAUAUUUAGAUUUGCAGUGGAAAAGCCUUUCAAUGAAUCGAUUAUGCGCAUGUCAGCUUACAACGAUCACGAAACGAACUUGAAUGGUGCUUACAACGGAGAUGUAAUCAAGUGCUAUGCUCAAAUUGUAAGUGGAAAAUAUGGCUUGAGAGCAAACACUCUACAAAUGUAUUACUUGGCCAAUGCUCUGAUACACGACUGGUUUGAAUUGAGGAAAGAAGGUGAAUUGCCUUGUUCUAGUAUCUCACCAGGUGCUACAGUUAAAAGCACACAAGUACAAAAUUGCAGAAUCGAUGAUAACGCAAUGGUUAGUGAAAAAACUUCUUUGAAAUCGAGCUGCAUAGGCUGCAAUGUAACUGUAGAACCCAAAACGAGAAUAACAAAGAGUGUCAUCAUGAGCAACGUCACAAUAAAACAAAUGUGUGUCAUAGAGAAUUGCAUUAUCUGUAAUAAUUGUGUUAUUAACGAAGGUAGUCAAUUGAAGGACUGCAUAGUCGGAGCUAACCACGAGGUGUCAGCAAAUAGCAAUCAUUAUCGUGAAAUUUUGACUGAUGAUUCUAGGCUAAUCGAAUAUUGA